AUGGCACGCACGCAUGAGCAGCCAUUUCGCGGCCUUCCCAGAGAACUGCGCGACAUGAUAUGGAGAGAGCUACUGACUGUAAAACAUGUCCCCUUUCGGAAGCCGGCAAAGAAGACAACGGAACCAUAUUCAGUCUUGUUUGGCGUUCCAAAGCUUGAGCGCAUUCUCGAUUUCGGGCGCCCGCCACUUCACGUGAGAGUCUUCAUGGCCAACAAGCAGGUCUACGCAGAGACUGCCCCGAUCUUCUACUCGUCCAAUGAGUUCAUCGCCGACACCGACCAUCUCGCAACCACAGACAGUAUUCUAGCCAACAUCAGACCCGACAUUCGACGUCUACGUCUCGAGAACAAACAUACCGUCUACCCAACUCGAUUGCACGCGUCAGGCCUUCGUAAUCAGCAUCUAUCCUUCAUCCACCACAGACUGAACGUCGUCACCAUCAAGAUGCCUCCCGAGCCACCCACCAAAUGUAGCAGCAGAACAGUCCGCGAGUCGAUUUGUGCAAUCCUCGCUGUCGGCCUGGUUGACUGCUUGCUCAAAGGCUCCUUCAAGCGUUUACGACUCGUCUACCCGAAUCCUAUCACUUCCACCGAUCCGGAUCAGCUUUGCACCAUCAGCGCACUGCGCAAAGGUAGACGUGCUUUCCAAGGACCAAAAGGUUUGCUGCUACAGUAUGCCUGGUACGGUGCUCCUGUAUCGUCAUACCUUACACUCCUUAGAGGCCUGCAGGAUCUUCCUGACCUGAACUUUGUCGCCAGGUUCGAGCAUGUCACGUAUCUGAGGUCAUCGCGUGACAGCAACGUGAUUGUACUCAGCAGACUCGAAGACGAACCAGUCAAAAGGGACACUGUCGAUCGCCCUCCAGUCAAGAUUGUUGGACCCAACUCCCACCUCAAGCGAAAACUUCCUGCGAGCCCUACCAGCGCCGACCCGACACCAACCAAAGUUCGGCGUUUGCAGCUACUGCAGUUUAUAGCUUUCUCGGAAAGCCGCAACCACAACAUGUCGCAUCAAGAAGUGAGAGACAGAUUUGUUGGAAGAAACAAUGAGCUGCGUCGCUACAUCAAUCGAGCAGGACUAGUCUUGGCUCCAAUCCCAAGAUAGACGAAUCUCUGGCAACAAUACCCAAACCAUGGCCUCUGAAAUACAGUGACUCUCAACGAGCGAAGCGUAGGUC